AAACCGUUAAUCGCGGAACAAACCAAUCCGUCCAUGUAUUUUUUAGGGGAGGCGAUAUGAUGCACUCGACCCUUCUUCUCCAGUGGAGGAGCCCUCCGCUCCCCUCUCUUCACCCCCUCUCCCUCCCCACGCGCUCCCCCUCCUCCUCUUUAUCCCCUCCACCGCCAUUAUCGCCUCCUCUCACCACCUUCUCCCUCGGCGGCGGCGGCUGCGGCGGUGGAGGCGAGCUCACGGCGAGAGAGCGGCGGCAGCUGCGGCAUGAGAGGCGCGAGAGCCGAGCGGGGAGCGCGAAUUGGAGGGAGGAGGUGGAGGAGCGGCUCCUCCACAAGCCGAAGAAGAAGCCGAGGGCGUCGUGGACGGAGGAGCUCAACCUCGACCUCCUCGCGCGGCUCGGGCCCCGGUGGUGGGUCGUGCGCGUGUCGCGCGCCACGGGGCACGAGACCGCGGAGCGCCUCGCCCGUGCCCUAGCGCGGGGUUUCCCCGAUCUCGAGUUCAAGGUUUAUUAUCCAUCUGUCCGUGAGAAAAGGAAACUGAAAAAUGGUUCUAUCAGUAUUAAAUCAAAGCCUCUUUUUCCUGGAUGUGUUUUCCUACACUGUACUUUGAACAAGGAGAUUCAUGACUUCAUUAGAGAAUGUGAUGGUAUUGGAGGCUUUAUUGGAUCUAGAGUUGGAAAUACAAAGCGGCAGAUCAACAAGCCUAAACCUGUAGAAGUUGAUGAGAUGGAAGCGGUCUUCAAACAAGCAAAAGAGGAACAACAAAAAGCCGAUCAAGCUUUCAAAGAGGAGGAGCAGGAAGAGCAUGUUAAUAUUAGAGAAAGCAUAAAGCUUAAGGAUAAGAUGAUAAGUCGGUUAAAGAAAGAGACUUCUAACAGUGGGAAGGGUCACAAAUCUCUUAUACCUGGUGUUCCUGUUCGUGUUCUCUCUGGCCCUUUUACGGAAUUCACAGGCCGCCUUAAGGAGCUGGAUCUGAAGAAUGGAAAGGUAAUUCUUGGAGGGCUACUGUUGGAUUCAUGUUGUUUGGCAAGGAGAGCUUUGUUGAUCUGGAAAUUGAUCAAGUCGAUGCAGCCAACACAUAAUGGCAUAGUGUCCAUGGACUCGGCUAUUGUUUCAGCAAAGGAGCGCAUACCAAUGAUUGAAUAUAUUGCCACGGAGCGGUGUCCAAGAUUUUUAAUGACGAGCCAAUAAAAAAGGCUGGAUCGGUUAUCAUUGUGUUAGUUGUUAUGUCACUCGAAGAAUCAUUAGAAACAUACAAUAUCUACUACCAUGGCCGGAGAAGAUGAGAAUAGGAUGGGAUCUCAUGUUUGAAUUGUAAUAUUCUUUUUUUCGAUUGUCGUGUAAUACUCGGUCAAAACGUUUCAAAAGGAUGGCUACAGGAUGGUUCGAUUUGAUAUUUCGGGGAUUCUUAACCAUAGAUAUGCCCUUUUGCUUUUUUAAGCAAAGUUUGGUUUCUUUA